CAAGCGCCAAAAUCCACCACUCACGAAUCCACGUCAUCGAUCUGCAACUAAACUUCCAAUCCAUCUCAACCGUCCAUUCAAAACCAUCCACGGUCCAAAACCCUUCUAAAACCCAUUCAACGGAUCAGGACCAUUUCUCCAAACUCAAAACCACUCCUAUAAAUACCAAUAAAUCGUCCCAAAAUUCCCAAAACACAGUUCUUUCUCUUUGGAAAAACUUUCCCAUUUCCUAAGAAUCUUGAGUCUUCAACAAUGUCUGGGCGUGGAAAAGGAGGAAAGGGUUUGGGCAAGGGAGGUGCGAAGAGGCAUCGCAAAGUGCUUCGUGAUAACAUCCAGGGUAUCACCAAGCCAGCAAUUCGGCGAUUGGCUCGACGAGGUGGUGUGAAGCGUAUCAGUGGUCUUAUCUACGAAGAGACCCGUGGAGUUCUCAAGAUCUUCUUGGAGAAUGUUAUUCGUGAUGCUGUCACUUACACUGAGCACGCCAGGAGGAAGACUGUGACUGCCAUGGACGUUGUUUAUGCACUCAAGAGACAAGGCAGGACUCUCUACGGUUUUGGAGGUUAAAAGCUUUUUCUUUGAUGUUGAAAUUUAAAGUCUUGCUGUCAAGAAAGAUUUGGGUCGUUUUUUGGGGAAGAAUGGGUGGUGUUUUUGUAUGGGGGUGUUAAUGUUGUUAGGUUAUUAGAUUUUUCUAUUUGUAAUUAUUAGUUAUUGGGAUUUUGUUGGGUUGUUCUUGAUUGUAAUUUCUAAUAUCUUGUUGGGUAUUGAAUCUUCAAUGGCAAUGGCAAUGGCAAUUCAAUUUCAAUCCAAUUUAUCAUUUUAGUACCCAA